AUGCCCGCCAUGGACUUGGUGCAUCCCGGAUGGCCUGCAGCGCAAUUGGCCCAGUGGCUCAGGCUACAGGGCGGAGUCAGCGACGAGGCCUUGGCGGAGAUGGAGAACCUGGGCUUUGGCGGGGAGCUGUGGUACGCUGCCACAGAGGCCGACUUCCGCAACGAAGAGAUGGGCCUCGAGGAGCCCGACGUCGCUCGGCUGAUGCAGCUGCACGCGGAGCACUCGGAGCUGCUACGUGCCGCCAGCUCCACGAGGGACGAGCCGGCGCCCGAGGGCAGCGCAGCGACACCAGCCGCCGGCUGA